UCAAAUCCCUGAACGACAAUAGUAGUCAGCGGAUCUUUUGAAAUGUUAUGUAAUACACGUUAACGAGUGUCAACAGCAGUCUUGUAAAUAAUAACCUGAGCCAUGGACUUGAAACGUAAAGUAAAGCGAUCUGAAAAUAUCCGCGGAUCCAGUAGCGUUACAGAUUACAGUGAGUCUGGGAGUAUCAUUUUACGGGUGCAACAUGCUCAAUCAUUGCUCACAGCCUUGGAAAACAUGCGAAGACGUGACGAAUUAUGCGAUGUGGAACUGAUAGUGGCCGGCAAAGAAAUUAAAGCACACCGCGUUGUUCUGGCCGCCGUGAGUCCUUAUUUCAAUGCAAUGUUUACGAGUGAUGUUGUAGAGAGUAAACAGAAGGUCGUACAUUUAAAUGAUUUGGAUCCUUUGGCAGUUCAUAUGGCAGUGGAGUUUGCUUAUGUUGCGAGAGUCAACUUAACGGUUGACAAUGUCCAGUCACUUUUGACCGUAGCGACUUUACUGCAAAUGGACACCUUGGUGGAAAAAUGUUGCUAUUUUUUAGAGAAUGAACUUCAUCCUUCAAAUUGUCUCGGUAUACGGCGUUUUGCCAAGAAUCACGGCUGCUUUGUGCUAAGUAAAACAGCCAAUGAGUAUGCUAUGAGAAAUUUCAACCACACGACACAAAUGGAAGAGUUCUUCCAAUGUCCUUUAGAAGAAGUUCUUGAACUACUGAGUGAGGAUUCUUUGCAUGUGAGGCACGAGGAAGAAGUGUACGAGGCUGCUUUACGGUGGAUGAACUUCAAGAAACAUGAAAGACUAAAAGUAGUUCCUCAAAUAGCAGAGAUAAUCAGGUUCCCAUUGAUGGCUUGGGAGUUUCUUGUGACAAAGGUACUGGAUGAUGGGUUUAUCACCGGUCAAGGUGACAACUGUCAUCUAUUUGAGGAGGCCAGAAUGUAUCAUCUGUGUCCCCAGUUACGCAGUGACAUGAAGCAUCGCAGCAGAUUUCGGCCACGAAAAUUGUAUGGCCAGGCCGAGUGCAUCUAUGUCAUGGGUGGAGAAGUAAAUCCUGGUAGAACAGUAUGAUCCAUGCUCUGACAAAUGGACCCCAGCCGCAAGUAUGAUAGAACACAGGAGUAGUGUGGGAGUCGGAGUUCUUGAUGGCUUAUUAUAUGCAGUUGGAGGGUAUAACGGACAAGUCACUAUUAACACAGUUGAGAGAUAUAAUCCAAGAACUGAAGAAUGGAACAUGGUCGCUGAGAUGAACACAGCACGCAGCAUGCUUGGGGUAGCCUCCCUGAAUGGUCAGCUUUAUGCAGUUGGUGGCUAUGAUGGUGUGACUGAUCUCUCCUCUGUAGAGUGUUACAACAAUCAAACCAACCAGUGGCAGCUAAUGUCAUCCAUGAAGACUCCACGUUCUAUGGCUGGUGUGACAGUUUUAAAUGAUGUUUUGUUUGCUGUGGGUGGAUGCAACCAUCAGAGUUUAGAAAGUGUUGAGAUCUAUAAGCCUGAAACUGACACCUGGAUGAUAGUUGCACCCAUGAAAGAGCCUCGUAGUGGUGUUGGGAUAGCUGUUAUUGAUGGUCUGUUGUAUGUUUUUGGUGGUUAUAAUGGAACAGAUUAUCUUAAUAGUGUGGAGGUUUUUCAUCCUCAGAAAAAAAGAUGGACGUCAGCGACAAGUAUGAAAACAAAUCGAAGGCGAUUUGGCUGUUGUUCGUAGCUUGUUUUGAUGACUUAGUGUGUUUCUUUUGUUUGAUUAUCUCAUUUGUAUUUUAAAAUAAACCUUAGUUUAGUGUAGUGACCCAGUAGUUUUUCUUCUUAGUAAGAGUAUGCUGCAGAGAUGCUGCGCAAGUUCUUCCCUGAAUUAACCCUUGCAAACAUUAGUCCUGAAUGAGUUGCAGUACACCUAGUUGUUAAAAACAAUAAAUGACUCUGAUUGGGCAGCAUUUUUGUUUAAAACCCCAUAUUUUCUCAUUAAGUCUCUACUGUAGAACGUUUGUAAAGAAUGGUAAGAGAAAAGGACACCAGAAACAAAAAACCAAGAAAGGACAACUCUGCACUCACUUUAUAUAAGGUUUCAUGUAAAGAAACAAUCUCAAAAACUUCAAAGUAAAAAAAACAAACAACAACAAAAUAAAACAAGGAAAAUGUUUAAGUGCUUCUUUAUUGAGACUCAAAGUACAACUCUCGCAAGCUUUACAUUAAAAAGAAAAAAACAAAUUCAGUUACAAAUAGAUUGUUGAAAUGUCAGCUGUUGUCUUGCAAUCCUUUCAGAAUUAUCACAAUUUUUAAAGUCCAGGAAAUAUUACUCAUGAAUCCUGGAGACUCGGCUUAUAUUUCUUGCAAAUAAAAAAAUAAUCCUUCAGUAUCAGUUGGGGAUUUUUUUUUUUUAUUUAACAAGUUCUAACUAACAUCAUAAGAAAUGUAAGGUUGACAUUAAAGCUAUUAAAGUCUUGGCAAAGUAGGGAUUCUGAAUUCUCUUUGUGAAAUUCAUGAUCAGCUUUAUCCAGCCACCCAGUGAAAAAAAAUUGAUGGUAAAUUAACAACCAGAGGGCAUUAUCUUGUUUUAACACAAAAUUCUC